AUGGCCCAACCAACAGCAAAAUCAGAGGCAGGCACAAGCGAAGCUACCCCUCAAACAAUGAAUCUUACAGACCGCACCGCGAGCCGUCAGCGUGCCCCCUCUAUCCAAUCCGACUCCGACCCAACCUCAUCUUCCGGCUCAUCGUCCGAAGACAGCGAAAGUGAAAGCGAAGAUGAGCAGCAGUCAGACAGAGAAGUGAAUGGGACAGGAAAUUCGACCACACAAACAAAUACCGACUCUUUACCUCAUAUUGGCGGACGCCCUAAGCCACGGAUACGCCGCUUCAAGGGUGGAUCGGGCCUCAUGUCAAGGCUCAAUGCUUUCCUGCCGCAAAUGAAAUCCGCCAAUGAAGAUCUACAGCGACAAAUUGAUGCUGGCAAUGCCGGGGACUUGGUUCUUGAUAAUGCGGAGGCCAACGGAGAGCGGUAUAUCGAAAUGGACCUUGGUCUCGGAGUUCUGGAAGAGAAGCGCGAUGGCGAGUCGUCGAGCGAGGAGAGCGAUGCCGAGGGGGGCAAAGAUGUGGAGGAUGAUUCUGAUAUUAUUGGAAAGCUCAUGGGUGGGAAGAAGAAUAAAUCCGAAAGUGAUAAGCCAUCCAUCCAAGAGAUGACGGACUAA